CUCCAUCCUGUAGCUUCAACACCGGCUGGCCAACUUACUCAAUCCAAGUCGCUACAAUGGCUCUACUACCAACCCGUCUUUACAAGGCAUUCCAUCCUCCUAUGAUAAAUAAGUCAGAUGGCGCCAUUAGAGUUGGCGUUUUGGGGGCUGCAAAGAUUGUAUCCAUGGCAUUGUUGACCCCGGCUUUAUCACACCCUGAAGUCAUCGUUCAGGCAAUCGCUGCCAGAGAUCGUUCUCGCGCCGAAGACCUUGCCAAGAAACACGGUAUCCCUGAGGUCAAGGACACAUAUCAGGAUAUUCUCGAUGACCCUGAGAUUGAUGCUGUCUUCGUCCCCUUACCCAACGCCUUGCAUUAUGAAUGGUCUGUGCGAGCCAUACGAGCUGGUAAACAUGUUUUAGUCGAAAAGCCAUCCGUCGAUAACGCGACUGAGGCAAACAUGCUUUUCAACAUGCCGGAACUGUCACCGACACACCCAAACCCGAGGGUUUUGCUGGAAGCCAUGCACAACAAGUUUCAUCCCGCCCUGCAUAAGUUCCUGACUUUUAUCGCCCCUGCCGACGUUAUCCACGUUCAUACUGACAGCAUGGCACCGGCCUGGUUUACUACGGCGGACAAACUCAACUCUAACUACAAGCUUGGAGGCGGUAGCAUCAUGGCGCUCGGAACGUACAAUUUUGCAGUCAUGCGCAUGAUCUUCGGUCAAGAACCCGAAGAGUGCCUUGAAUGCGAUACUGCAGUCUUCGUCGACGACGAUGACCAUGAGUGCGACUACACUUUCAAGGCCAAGUUUCGAUUUCCCAACGGUACAGGCGAUGCUACAACCACUGUGAAGGGGCCCGCUUUCUGGAAGCCUUCUGAAGCUAGAGUGACGCACAAGGAGGUUGCAGUCUCCGACAAGACUUUGCCAGAUACCCAGAAGAAGACACGGACGCGGUUGGUCACGCUUCAUGGAUUUAUGCACGCGGUCGCUUGGCAUCGAAUUGACGUCAAGGACUCGUAUAAAAUUCGCAACGUGCCCAGCGGCCAGAUAAUUAAGAAAUGGGUGGAAUCUAGUUCUCACACAGCGUACACGUAUCGAGACGCCGAAGACGCACGUGGGCUUCCGGAUCUGGGCGAGUUCUGGUGGACGUCAUUCCGGUACCAACUAGAGGCGUUUGUCAACCGGAUCAAGGGGCGCGAGACUCAUUACUGGGUUACCGGAGAGGACUCGAUCAAGCAGAUGAAAAUGAUUGAUAUGGCGUACGAAAAGAGUGGACUAAGAUUGCGGCCGACUAGCACUUUCCGUUGAGUGUGAAAAGCGCCUGGGAACAAGGAACACGGCGUUAACUAAGUUUAAUUCUACGGUAUUUACGCCUACUUACUCGAGGAAAUACAUAUAGGC